AUGGUCCCUCUUUUAUCUAUUUUUGGAAAAGUAGGGCAUUUAUGAAAUUUUACAAGUCAAGUCAUGCUACCCAUGACGGGUCACAAGAGAAAACAGAGUAGUCUACUGAAUCAUGCUAGAAAUGGUUGCCACGACGCUGGAAGUGAUGAAGAAAUGGGCGGUGCAGGUGGAGGUAGUGCUGGCGAUGGUGGUGGUGCCUGUCAUCGUGACGGGGCAACGGCUUCUUAGUAGGAUCAUUUUGAUUGGUGGACCUUUCAUCUCCACACUCAUGGCCUAUCGCUUUUUGGUUGCUGCUCUCUUCGUGGCUCCUUUGGCUUUCAAAUUUGAGUCUUUGUUUUUGGUUUAUUUCUUUGUUUUUGUCAUUUAUUCAUGAAAAUUGUAUCAAGUUCUUGUAUUUUUUGUGUUUGCACUUUGCAAAGGUAAUCUAAGGUUGCUGAAGAAAUCGUAAGUUUGGUUAUGCCCAAUCUUCAAUGGUACAUGGUAUGUAAUCAAUCAUCCCUAUUUGC